UGCAGUAUAAAAUUAACAGUAAUUUUGUGCGGCCACCACGAUCUUGGAUCCUUGGAGGAAGUAUGGAGAACAAAGGAACAGAGACAAGAGGAGACAAAGGAGGAGAUGGACAAGUAAGUGCACGAGGACCAGGUAGGGUGACCAGCAAUGGAGUCCGCCGCAUCCUGCUUGCGGCAAACUAUUUGGCUCUCUUCCUAGGCACACUCGCUUCCAGCCUCCUCUCUCGCUUCUACUUCGUGCAUGGCGGCUCCAGCCGGUGGGUCUCCACCUUGGUCCAGAGUGCCGGCUUCCCGCUCCUCCUCCCCCUCAUUUACUUCUCCCCUCGUCCACCCCGCACCGCCUUCACCCCUCGCCUCGUCCUGUAUUGCGUCCUCAUCGGCCUCUUCCUCGGUGUCAACAACUUAUUCAUCUCCUGGGGCGUCUCCUACCUCCCGGUGUCCACCUCCUCGCUCAUCCUCUCCUCCCAACUCGCCAUCAAUCUCCUCCUCUCUGUUGUUCUCGUCCGUCAGCCGCUCUACUUCACCAACUUGAACUGCGUGCUCCUCCUGACGCUUAGUUCCAUCCUCCUCGCCCUCAACCACAGCCACGAGCGGCCCUCGGGCGUCACCUCCUCGCAGUACAUUAUCGGGGUCCUCACCACCCUCGGCGCCGCCGUCAUGUUCGCGGUGUACCUCCCCAUCGCACAGAUCGUGUACCGAGGGGUGACCGCGUUCCGGACGGUGAUGGAAAUGCAGGUGGUGAUGGAGGCGGUGGCGACCGGGUUCGCGAUGGUGGGAAUGGCGGCGACAGGCGGAUUCAAGCAGAUGAAGAGAGAAGCCGCGGUGGAGUUCGACCUGGGACGGGCUCGGUACUGGGUGAUCAUAGGCGCGACCAUAGCUAGUUGGCAGCUGUGCUUCAUGGGGACUGCGGGCAUGGUCUUCUUGACGUCCUCCCUCAACAGCGGGAUCUGCUCGACUGCGCUGCUGGUGGUGAACGUGGUGAGUGGCCUUGUGGUCUUCCACGACGAGUUCGGGGUACAUAAGGCAGUUUCAACGGUGUUGUGCGUGUGGGGGUUCGCCUCCUACUUGUACGGAGAGCACAGGAGGAAGACGAGAGCCGAUGAAGAGGAACUGAUCGGCGCUGCAAACCCCACGAGCAAUGCGGCCGGAAAUGGUGGGGAGAUAGUUUGA